UGUUUCCUUUCGCAGUCCAGAGCCCCAGACGCCAGCGCCCCUGUUCCCCUCCCGAUCGCCGCAAAGCCUGCGGUUCUCAGAAGAUGCGGCUUCCGGGAAGGACUGGGACGCAGAGGACAAAAGCUCAGGAGGCGCCUGGCCCCGCCCCUCCCCCCUCCCUCCCUCCCUGGGUCCGGCCCGUCCCCCUCGUCCUUCCAGGCUGCUAGCUCCACAGCCUUUCAGUCCCUGCUCGCCGCCCGCCCGUGCGCCCCGGGACCUUGACCUUCGCGCCCUCGACACCCAUCGGCUCCCUUCUGCUCCCGUCCCGCCGAGUCCCGACUCUCCAGCCGCCGUUGCCUCUGGGAUAUGGUCCUUUGCGUACAGGGAUCUUGUCCUUUGCUGGCUGUGGAGCAAACUGGACAGCGGCCUCUGUGGGCCCAGUCUCUGGAGCUGCCUGGGCCAGCCAUGCAGCCCUUGCCCACUGGGGCAUUCCCAGAGGAGGUGGCAGAGGAGACCCCUGUCCAGUCAGAGAGCGAACCAAAGGUGCUAGACCCUGAGGAGGAUCUGCUGUGUAUAGCCAAGACUUUCUCCUACCUUCGGGAAUCUGGAUGGUAUUGGGGUUCCAUUACAGCCAGUGAGGCUCGGCAACACCUACAGAAGAUGCCAGAGGGCACAUUCCUAGUACGAGAUAGCACCCACCCCAGCUACCUGUUCACGCUGUCCGUCAAAACCACCCGUGGCCCAACCAAUGUACGCAUUGAGUAUGCUGAUUCUAGCUUCCGACUGGACUCCAACUGCUUGUCCAGACCUCGAAUCCUGGCCUUCCCAGAUGUGGUCAGCCUUGUGCAGCACUAUGUGGCCUCCUGUUCUGCUGACACCCGGAGUGACAGCCCGGAUCCUGUUCCGACCCCAGCCCUGCCUCUGCCUAAACAAGAUGCAUCUGGUGACUCAGCCCUGCCUCUCCCCAUGGCUACUGCUGUGCAUCUAAAACUGGUGCAGCCCUUUGUGCGAAGGAGCAGUGCCCGCAGCUUACAACAUCUGUGCCGCCUAGUCAUCAACCGCCUGGUAGCCGAUGUGGACUGCCUACCGCUGCCCCGGCGCAUGGCUGACUACCUCCGACAGUACCCCUUCCAACUCUGACUGGGACGGGCAUUCUGCCCUGCCUCACAUAAUUACACCCUGGAGGGGACUCAGGACGAAGCUGGACUUGGGUUCCUGUUAUUCCUUCUUCAGUCAUCCUGGUGCCUGCCUACAUACAGCUGGAUCAAAAAGUGCCAGCGAGAACAAAGCAGGUGGACGAGGGGUUGUCACACAACUCCCAGGUCAAUGCCUCCAGGUCCCAUAUGGCUCUUUGUGGUGAGCCAUGUGUCAGAGCAGAGUGAGACAGGGCAGGACUUUGUCUCACCCUGCUGGCUGGACCCAGUCCUCCAUUCACUCACGUGCCCUAGUCACCCAAACUCUGUAUGUUCUCCCAGCCCUGGUUUCUCAAUCUGCUGGUAGGGCAGGCCCCCUACCCAUCUGUAGAGCAGUCAGCCCAUUUCUGGGAGAGUAUCUGCCAAAGGAACUGAGGUUGGUAGUACCAGCCCCUUGUGGGGAAGCAGGCCAGGUGUGUGUGGGGGGGCUACACAGUUAUACAGUAUUUAUUUAUUUAUUCUUCUUUUGUGGGUUGGGGAUGGGUUAAUGGCAUGAGCCAUCCCAUUUCUCUGCCCUAAGGCCUGGGUGGUCCAAAGAUUGCCCAGCUCUGGUUCUUCCCCGUGGAGACCCCCAUCCCCAGAUGUAUUGUUGGGCCCAAAGUAGUCCCGAAUGCCCUGGCCCUUGCAUAUAGAUGUGCUCACUCUCUUUUCUUCCUAGCCUCUUUUGAGAGGCUGUAACCAGACAAACAGGAGCCAGAAACACAAAACUAAAACUCAUCCUCACAGGCCAGGGCCAUGGCUUCAGGGAGCUGGCUUUUCUGCGGCCCCUGCAGAGGGCCACGGGCUGGGUCAGGAAGGGGAUGCUGGCUCAAGAACUACUGCUGCAACUCUUUUGUGCCUGCUUCCUGCCCAGGAAGUUGCCUGCAUGUGAGAGAGGGAGCAAUACAUGCCUAAGGAAACUUUCUAAAACAAUUACUCUAACACAAAAACCAGUUUGGUAGUUUUCCUUCCACUGAUUUUUCUGUAAUGAUAAUAAAAUUAUGCCUUCCAUUUA